GAGAAAGAGGAGUUGAACUUUUCCCUGCAACUGGGAUGCUUAACCAAACUCAACCGACUUUUGACGUAGCUUCCUUCUCCCUCCUUCCCUCUCUCUCCGUUUUUUUUUUUACUCAUUUUUAUAUUUUAUCUAUUUCGUCUUAACGACCACAGUCCACAGACCAAAAACACGAAGCCUUCUCACACAUACCAUAACAGAACCAUAUAUCUAUCUCUCUGUUCUGUCAAAACCUCUCGUAGCUACCUUCAACAAUAACUCACGGUCAUGGCUUGUCACAGUUGGCUCUGUAAUAUCUCACUGCUGUUGCUGCUGCUGAGUUUAGCUUCGCAGAGUUGCCACGCUCUCAAUUCCUUCGGCUUCGACAUCCACCACCGUUUCUCCGAUCCGGUGAAGGAGAUUCUCGGCGUUCAUGACUUACCCGACAAGGGAACUCGCCUGUACUAUGUUGUUAUGGCCCACAGAGACCGAAUAUUCCGGGGCCGGCGACUCGCCGCCGCCGUUCACCACUCGCCUCUCACUUUUGUCCCCGCCAACGAGACUUAUCAGAUUGGAGCCUUUGGAUUCUUGCAUUUUGCCAAUGUUUCUGUUGGGACUCCACCGUUAUCGUUUCUGGUGGCACUGGAUACUGGUAGUGACUUGUUCUGGUUACCUUGUAAUUGUACCAAAUGUGUUCGAGGUGUAGAAUCAAACGGAGAGAAAAUUGCUUUUAAUAUCUAUGAUCUUAAAGGAUCAUCCACAAGCCAAACCGUUCUGUGCAAUAGCAACUUAUGUGAGCUACAGAGACAAUGCCCUUCAUCUGAUAGCAUCUGUCCAUAUGAAGUAAACUAUCUAUCGAAUGGUACUUCAACUACUGGAUUCCUGGUGGAGGAUGUGUUGCACUUAAUUACAGAUGACGAUGAAACAAAAGAUGCUGACACACGAAUUACUUUUGGUUGUGGCCAAGUUCAGACUGGUGCAUUUUUGGAUGGAGCAGCUCCAAAUGGUCUAUUUGGACUAGGAAUGGGUAAUGAAUCUGUCCCAAGUAUCCUAGCCAAAGAAGGGCUCACUUCGAAUUCUUUUUCAAUGUGUUUUGGAUCUGAUGGUCUUGGAAGAAUCACAUUUGGGGAUAAUAGUAGCUUGGUCCAAGGAAAGACACCAUUCAACCUCAGGGCAUUGCACCCUACUUAUAACAUCACUGUUACCCAAAUUAUUGUGGGAGGAAAUGCUGCCGAUCUUGAGUUUCAUGCAAUAUUUGACUCUGGUACCUCGUUCACACACCUAAACGACCCGGCUUAUAAGCAGAUUACUAACAGUUUCAAUUCUGCAAUUAAACUACAACGGUAUUCAUCUUCUAGUUCUGAUGAGCUCCCCUUUGAGUACUGUUAUGACUUAAGUUCAAACAAGACUGUUGAACUUCCCAUUAAUCUGACCAUGAAAGGUGGAGACAAUUAUCUUGUCACAGACCCUAUAGUAACGAUCAGUGGUGAGGGUGUUAACUUACUUUGUUUGGGAGUCCUGAAAAGCAACAAUGUGAACAUCAUAGGACAAAACUUCAUGACUGGUUACCGUAUAGUCUUUGAUCGUGAGAACAUGAUUCUUGGUUGGAGGGAAUCUAACUGUUAUGUUGAUGAACUCUCUACUUUAGCUAUUAACCGAUCAAAUUCCCCUGCUAUUUCUCCUGCCAUAGCUGUGAAUCCUGAAGAAACAUCAAACCAGUCUAAUGAUCCUGAGCUGUCACCUAAUCUCUCAUUUAAGAUAAAACCUACCUCUGCGUUUAUGAUGGCCCUUUUGGUGCUUUUGACCAUACUUUGAGCAUAUCUUAUAGGCUAUUCAGUAUUUUAUAACUAAUAUUAGUAUUUUUUUAGGACACACCAGAGAAGCAUUAUUGCUACGCAUUUUUUGGAUUCUUAGUAGCAUUAUUUUGAUAAUGAGUUUGUAAAUAAUGUAACAUGUCUGUAUAGUUGUGAAAAUAUAUAUUUCCAUUCUUACAUUAUUAUACUUUUAUGGACUA